AUGGGCCGGGAUGCCCAGGAGAGCAGGUUUGCCUGCAGCCAGUGUGGGAAGGUGUUCCUGCAGAGCUCAGCUCUAGCACUGCACUUGUGCUGGCACGAGAGUGACAAGGCCUUCCCCUGGAGCACCGACCUCCUGGAGCACCAGCGCAGAUGCUCUGGCGAGAAGCCCUUUUCCUGCCGUGAGUGUGGCAAGGCCUUCAGCUGCCGCUCAUCUCUCAGCGUGCACCACCGCAUCCACACGGGCGAGAGGCCCUAUAAGUGCGGCGCCUGCGAGAAGGCCUUCAGCUGCAGCUUGCUGCUCAGCAUGCACCGCAGGGUGCACGGGGAGAGGCCGGAUGCAUGCGGCGAGUGUGGCAAGGCCUUCAACCAGAGCACGCACCUCACUCGCCACCUCUGCAUCCACACCGGCGAGAAGCCAUACAAGUGCGGGUGCGGCCAGGCCUUCACCUGCCACUCCUCGCUCACAGUGCGCAAGAAGAUCCACAGCGGCGACAAGCCAUUCAAGUGCGCCGAGUGCGGCAAGACCUUCCACAGCCUCGCGCGCCUCACCCUCCACCAGAGAAUGCACACGGGGGAGAAGCCAUCUUGUUCCAACUGCGGGAAGGCCUUCAGCUGCCAUUCAUCCCUCAUAGUGUAUCAGCGCAUCAACACCGGCGAGAAGCCCUACGAAUGCCACCAGUGUGGCAAGGCCUUCAGCCAGAACCACUGUCUUAUCAAACACCAGAAGGUUCACUCCAGAGAGAGGCCCAAGUGCAGCGAGUGUGCAGGGGAGGCCUGCAGCUGGAGCCCACACCCGAGCACCAAGUACCAGAUGUUGCACUGCACGGAGAAACCUUUUGCCAUCCAGCUCAAUAGGCACCUGCUGAGCACCUGCUGA